AUGCUCCAUGACCUCUUAGUGGAGCUAGAUCUUAUUAGCAUGUUCGAAGAGGCAAGGAACUCGACGCUCUUAGCGAUGAACUACGAUGCUUUCGAAUACCUCGCCAAGUGGGGCAUGAACCUGAGCUCGAUCGAUCCAGAGUUUGCAAGAGGCAUCAUGAAGUACCAUUUCCUAAUGGGCUCCUACGAUUCGACGAAUGCCCUGUUGGGAAUCGAGACGCAGCUUGUUCAUUCCGUCCUCCGACCACCAAUCCUCACGAAUGUUUCGGACGGUGCCGUGGUCAAGCUGACGGCUGACGAUGAUGAGGGCCCAUUUCGAGUAGAAUGUGGGAUUCAAAAGGUUUUACCCAUCGUCGAAGCCGACAUCUACUACGACUCGGGCGUAUUGCACACAAUCGGCGAGAACCUCGUGCUUCCCCAUAACCUGUCGGAAACAACCAACUUGGGAAAUCUGGACAAGUUCUGGAGCCUCCUGCAAAAGGCUCAGAUGAGUGAGCUAUUAGAAUCUCUGCAAGACACGACGAUUAUGUUGCCAAGCAAUGAAGCGGUGGAGAAAUGUAUCUCUCAACUUGAAUCUGUCACGCUGGGAGAUCUCAGGGCUACUAUCAACAACCACGUAAUCCCCAAACGCGUCCUAUACCACACGGCUUUUGAAACGAGCGGUGCUGAGGUUACAGCCUUGAGCGGUCUCAAGCUAAACUUGAGCCGUGACUCCGCGGGUCGCCUCUUCGUCAACCAAUCGCGAGUUUUGAAGCAGGACGUGCUCAUCUAUGGUGGUGUUUCACACGUCUUGGACAAGCCUUACUCUUCGUACUCGGUGCUCUGA